AUGCUAUCAUGCUCAAAACUGACCAAAACUUCACAGACCCGAAAGCCUUUUACCGAUGCCAACGGCCGCAAGGUCAAGAUGCUCAAAGAAGAUACUCGUUAUACGCGGUUUUCUCACGGACCCCAAGUCUCCGAGGCUGGUCGUGCCAUUGCCGGCGACGAGCCCUUUCUCAUUCGCAAUGGUCCUUUCCAAGAGCUCGUCAUUAGCCAGCCCGACCAGCUCAAGGAGUUUUGCCGCAAGGAUGCCAAAGACCACACCAAGCCCACCAACAUGAACCUCGGCGACGGCUUCGGCCAACUUCUCGGCGGAGCAGUCGGCGUCCAGGCCGGCAAGAAAUGGACCACCAUGCGCGCGCACUUUGACCCCGAAUUCUCCCACAAAGCCAGCAUGAGCAUGGUGCCAUUGUACAACAACGAGGCUAUCCGCUGGCUGACCGAACUCGCCCAGCCCUCGUCUUCCUCGUGCUCCUCGACGCCGUCCACCGCUGGCGGCUUCGUCCGCAACAUUGCCGGAGCCUGCCGACUACUGCCAUUUCGUCUAAUUGGUCUAGUCACCUAUGGCGAGGCCUUUGACGACAAGCUUUACCAACAGCUGGUUGAGCUAAACGAGAUUCACGACAAGCUCAUGCUCGAUGCCUUUUUCGGAAAAUGGAACGCCUCCAAGCUGUACAACAUGCUGCCGACGGCAUCGCGUCGGCGUAUGCAGAGCUUCCAGCGCACGUGGGAAAGCAUAAACGACGCCGUCAUCCUCCGUGCCAAGACAGAGGGACUACGCUGCCCGGCCGAGGUGAUACACCGGGGUGUCGAAGCAGGAGACAUGUCCAAACGUGAAUUUCUGCAAACUGUGGAUGAGCUUCUUUUUACCAACAUUGACGUCACCUCGACCGCCGUGGCCUGUCUCCUGCUCAACGUUGCGGAGAAUCCUGGCUUCCAGGAGUCUCUUCGUCAGGAAAUGGCACAGAUGAAGAGCGAUCCGUCGUAUGAUGUGCAGCAGUACAUUGCCAAGAGAGAUGUUCUUCUUCACUAUGCCAUUCUAGAGUCUCUUCGUAUGCGCCCUGUACUUUGGUUCUCGCUUCCAGAAAAAACCGCCAUUGACAAAGAAAUCGGCGGCUACUACGUCCCAUCCGGCAGCACCGUCGUCAUCGACUGGAAGCGCCUCAACACCGCGCCCGUCGUCUGGGGCGACGACAGCGAAAUGUUCCGCCCGGAGCGCUUCGCCGGCAUGUCGCCGCUGUCGUACCGCCACGCAUUUCUGCGCUUCGGCUUCAGCCGCGAGCGCUGUCUCGGCAAGAACAUUUCCGACAUUAUCCUCAAGACCAUUCUCAUGGCCACGCUCGAAAGCUACACGCUCAAGCCGAGCAAGCACAGCGCUGUCCGCAAGGAUCGCUUUACAGUGACGCUAGAUGACGAGGUUGAGUUUACGCCCAUCAAGGCGGUUUAG